AUGAAGCUAUUGGUGCUGGUCUUUUGCUUGGCGGUUGCCACGGCACUUCCCGUAGAGGAAGACGCAACGGGACAGGAACAUAUGCCCUACGAAGGAGUCAGAGUGCAGUACUUCCCCAGUGAAGAAGUUGGAGAAGAACACAUUCCCAACGAAGAAGUUGGCGAAGAGCACAUGCCUAACGAAGAGCAGGGAGCCGAGCAAAACUGGCAUCUCGUUCCGGACGGUGACGGGCGGUUGCAUCUGGUCAACACCGAUCCUUUCAACCUUGGAAGCCAACUGGACGAACCGGAGCCCCUGUUCAAUGCCGACGCUGAUACGAUCUUCCUGCUGUUCACGCGAAACAAUCGCAACGCGGGCCACCGGAUCACACCCGGCAACGCAGGGACUCUCGGGCAGCACUGGAACGGUGGCCGCCAGACACGGUUCAUCAUUCACGGCUGGAACAACAACGGCGGAUCGGAGGUGAACGUGGCUGUUCGCAACGCGUACCUGGAUCGGGCCGAUGUGAAUGUGAUCGUGGUCGAUUGGGGCGGCGGUGCGCAGAAUCCCAACUACAUCACGUCCCGGAACCACAUCAACGCCGUCGGUGCCACGGUGGGCCGGUUCGUCGAUUUCCUCAACCAGAGCGGAGGCAUGUCGUUCAACAACGUGUACGUCGCAGGACACAGUCUUGGCGGUCACGCGGCUGGUAUUGUCGGUAAACGUGUGACGCGUGGUCGCUUGAACACGGUCAUUGCGCUAGAUCCGGCCUUCCCACUGUUCUCCAUCAACGACCCCGGCAAUCGGGUUGCUUCUGGUGAUGCCAACUACGUCGAGGUCAUCCACACCAACGGAGGACUGCUCGGGUUCGAUCUCCCGAUCGGGCAGGCCGACUUCUAUCCGAACGGUGGACGCAGCCAGCCGGGAUGUGGCGUAGAUUUGGCCGGAACCUGUGCCCACAGUCGGGCGCACCAAUUCUUCGCCGAAUCGGUCCGACCGGCCCAGAGUGGCUUCAACUCGGUUCGCUGUGCGAACUACGACCAGAUCCUGAACAACAACUGCGUGUCCACCGGGGCCAACGCGCGUAUGGGAGGCGAACCCUCGAACAUUGGCCGUGGCGUAUCGGGCGUGUACCAUCUGAUCACCAACGCACAAAGUCCGUUUGCACGAGGCUAG